GAGGGAAACUCCUCUGCACACGCUCCUGACAAACACACAAACACAAUAUGAGACAGAGAAAGGUGGAGAACACAAAUGAAACAGAGAUUAAAGGAGGAGCAUCACAGGAUCCAUUAAAGAAAGGACAGAGCAUUUUAUCUGUCAAACUCCUGGAUGACUGGCAAGCGCUUGGGAAUGCGAGCUCUCGCGCCACACACAAGGGAGGGAGAGAAGGCGCCUGCAUGUGAGAGAAUCCACUUAUAUCAGGAGACAUGCAGGCAUUUCUGAAAGGAUCUUCAACACAGAGUGUUAAAGCACAGAAACCGUCCUCCUUGUUUGGAGAGAAGAAGCCGAGAGCUGUGCCCUGGGUGGAGAAAUAUAGGCCAAAAUGUGUGGAUGAAGUCGCAUUUCAAGAGGAGGUGGUUGCCGUACUGAAGAAGUCUCUAGAGGGCGCUGAUCUCCCCAACCUGCUGUUUUAUGGUCCUCCUGGAACAGGAAAGACUUCCACCAUCCUUGCUGCUGCCAGAGAGCUUUAUGGGCCUGAGCUGUACCGGCAGAGAGUUCUGGAGCUGAACGCGUCCGAUGAGCGCGGCAUUCAGGUGAUCCGUGAGAAGGUGAAGAGCUUCGCUCAGCUCACGGUGGCCGGUACACGAGUGGACGGGAAGUCUUGUCCUCCGUUUAAGAUAAUAAUCCUGGACGAGGCAGAUUCGAUGACGGGCGCUGCUCAGGCGGCUCUCAGACGCACCAUGGAGAAAGAGUCUCGAACCACACGCUUCUGUCUCAUCUGUAACUACGUCAGCAGGAUCAUUGAGCCGUUGACCUCCAGAUGCUCAAAGUUUCGUUUCAAACCUCUGGCCAAUGACAUUCAACAGGAACGUCUGCUCGAGAUCUGUGAGAAAGAGAAUCUCAAAUACAGCAAAGAGGGAAUUGAAGCUUUGGUGAAAGUGUCAGAGGGAGACCUGAGGAAAGCCAUAACCUAUCUGCAGUGUGCCGCGAGACUGAACGCUGAGAGAGAAGUUACCGAACAAAUCAUCAUAGAGAUCGCAGGGGUGGUUCCACCCAAAGUGAUCAAAAAUCUCCUGCAGAUCUGUUACAAAGGCACUUUUGAGAAACUCGAGGUUGCUGUGAAGGACAUGAUCGAUCAGGGGUACGCUGCAACAAAUAUUCUCAACCAAUUACACGAUGUCAUGAUUGAUGAGAAGCUGAAUGAUAAACAGAAGUCUGUCAUUACGGAGAAGAUGGCGCAGGUGGAUAAGUGUCUGGCAGACGGUGCAGAUGAGUAUCUACAGUUACUGAGUCUCUGCGCUGUCAUUAUGCAGCAGGCCACACAAAACACCUGAACUGACCAAUCAGCAUCUCCGUUUUAUUCUACACAACAGCUGACCAAUCAGCAUUGGCACUUCAUUUCACUAAUUACUGCCCAGACUAUUGUUGCUGUUGUUGUUUUUUUUACUUUUUUGUACUUAAAGUUUGUCAUUAAAAACACUGU